AUGAAGUAUGGAGUUCGACAUAAGGUGGCUUUGGCCUAUCACCCCCAGUCUAAUGGCCAAGCUGAGGCCUACAGGACAUCGUACAAGACUCCUCUCGGUAUGUCUCCUUAUCGACUAGUAUUUGGCAAAGCUUGUCACUUACUAGUAGAAUUGGAGCACAAGGCUUAUUGGGCAAUCAAGAAGCUGAAUUUUGAUUACCAAGCAGCGGGUGAGAAGAGGUUAUUGCAGCUAAAUGAAAUGGAGGAGUUUCGGAAUGAUGCAUAUGAAAACACUCGUAUUUACAAGGAGAGGACCAAGAAAUAUCAUGAUCAAAUGAUAUUAAAGCGAGAAUUUGUGCUGGGACAGCAAGUUUUACUUUUCAAUUCUCGUUUGAGGUUAUUUCCCAGUAAGCUAAAGUCACGAUGGUCUGGUCCGUUUGUUAUCACCAAGGUUUCUCCUUUUGGUUCUGUGGAAUUAAGGAAUAAUGACGGUUCGCUUUUUCAAGUGAAUGGACAAAGGUUGAAACAUUAUUUUGGUGAAAUUCACAAGAAGGUGGAGACGAUGUAUCUCCAAGACAGCAACUGA